UUUGGUAUUUCAUUUCAAAACCACUUUCCCUCACUCUCUCUUCCACUCUCAGAUCUACCAUUCCCUUUCCCUCACUUCCCAGUUUCCAUUCACAUAACUCUCUCUGAAACUACAAACACACCACAAAUUCAGAGUCUCUUCAAAAACACAUAAAAAUGAAACACCCAAAGCCCCCACAAAACCAAGCAACACCAACAACACCAUCAUCUUCAUCAACUUCAACUUCAAGAUCUUCUUCUUCUCUCUCAUCCCACCUUGCUAUGGUGGAACUCAAACAGAGGAUCCUAACCUCACUCUCAAAGCUCUCCGACCGCGACACUCACCAGAUCGCCGUCGACGACCUUCAAAAAACCAUAAACGCGCUUUCCCCUGACGCCAUUCCCAUGAUCCUCAACUGCCUCUACGACGCCGCCACCGACCCCAAACCCGCCGUCAAAAAGGAAUCCCUCCGCCUCCUCACCGUCGUCUGCGCCGCCCACCCCGACGCCGCCGCCGCUCACCUUACUAGAAUUAUCGCUCACGUCGUUCGGCGCCUUAAGGACGCCGAUUCUUCCGUGCGUGACGCGUGCCGUGACGCCGUCGGGGCGCUCGCGGCGCGGUACUUGAAGGCCGGGGAGGGUGCCGGUGGCGGCGGCGACAAUGGUGGUGGUGGUGGAGUGGGGUCGGUGGUGGGGUUGUUUGUGAAGCCUCUGUUUGAGGCAAUGGGGGAACAGAACAAGGGUGUGCAGGCUGGUGCGGCAGUUUGCAUGGCGAAGAUGGUGGAAUGCGCCGGCGACGUGCCGGUGCCGGCGUUUCAGAAGCUGUGUCCGAGGAUCUGCAAGCUGCUCAAUAGCCCUAAUUUCUUGGCGAAGGCUGCGAUUUUGCCUGUUGUUGGUAGUUUGUCACAGGUUGGAGCAAUUGCACCACAAAGCUUGGAACAUUUGCUGCCUAGCAUUCAUGAAUGCCUUAACAGUACUGAUUGGGCAACACGUAAAGCAGCAGCUGAGGCAUUAAGUUCCUUGGCUUUGCAUUCAAGCAGUUUGGUUACUGAUAAAGCGGCACCCACAGUGGCAGCACUUGAGGCUUCUCGGUUUGACAAGAUAAAACCUGUUAGAGAUAGCAUCACAGAGGCAUUGCAAUUGUGGAAAAAGGUUGCAGGGAAUGGAGAUGGAUCCCCUGAUGAUUCAAAGCCCUCAUCUGAUAAUGGAAAUCCUGAAACAGAUAGUUUGUCCGAAACAAGUGACCUGAAAAAAGUAGAUAUUAAUGAGAAGACUGACCCAUCAGUAAAGGAUUCAUCAUCUAGUUCUUCAAACAUGGAUCCAACUGCAAAGGCCAAAGCAGCUGGCAUCUCAGAGAAGGCAGUUGUAAUAUUGAAAAAGAAAGCUCCUGCAUUAACUGAUAAAGAACUAAAUGCAGAAUUUUUCCAGAAACUUGAAAGAAGGGGUUCAGGUGAUUUACCAGUGGAAGUAGUUGUUCCUCGUAGAUGCCUCAAUUCUUCUAACUCUAACAAUGACCAAGAAUCAGAGGCAAGUGCUAAAGAUUCAAAAGAAAGAAUAAAUUCUGUUGGCAACAUCCCUAAUGAUGAUUUUCAUGGAUCUGCCAGUAAUAAAUAUCGUAUCUUUGAGAGAGGCAGUGAUGGAAAUUCCAGACAAAGGUAUUAUGAUGACAUUGCACAUGACAGAUACCCUGAAAAGAGAGUGAAUGCAAAAGAACUGAGGACAAAAGCUUAUGAUACUGAUGAGAGGACUGAAAUUGAUCAGAGGGAGGGUUCUGCCAGUCUUGCAGGUUUUUCUAAGAAUGAUGGUCAAUCAGAAGUACCUUUCUCCAAUAACAACAGAGGAAACUGGUUGGCCAUCCAGAGGCAGUUACUGCAGCUGGAAAGACAACAGGUUCAUCUGAUGAACAUGCUGCAGGAUUUCAUGGGUGGAUCUCAUGAUAGCAUGGUGACUCUAGAGAAUAGAGUACGAGGUCUUGAGAGAAUUGUUGAAGACAUGUCACGGGAUUUAUCUAUAUCAUCAGGUCGUAGGGGCAGUAACUAUACAGGAUUUGAGGGAUCAUCCAGUAGGCCUUCUGGCAAGUAUAAUGGUUUUAAUGACUUCUCUGGUUCCAAGUAUGGAAGAGGUGGUGAUGGACGUCUCCCAUUUGGUGAAAGAUAUGCCCAAGAGGGAAAUGCUUUGGGAAUGAGGGGAAGAGGGCCAUCUUGGAGAUCUGACAUGUCUGAGGGAUGGGAUUUUCCUGGGUAUGGUGCAUCUAGAAAUGGUCAGAUUUCCUCAAGAAGGGCUUUUGGUGGUAGUUCUGCUGAUGUAAGAUCACCAAAAUCAGUGCAUGAGGGUGAUCAAGGGGGCAAUAGGAGAGCCUGGGAUAAAGCAGCAAUGCCCAUCCGGCUUGGUGAGGGGCCCUCUGCAAGAAGUGUCUGGCAAGCUUCGAAGGAUGAAGCUACCUUGGAAGCAAUUAGGGUUGCUGGUGAGGACAAUGGAACAUCUCGAGCAACAAGGGUAGCAAUCCCUGAAAUGACUGCAGAAGCUCUGGCCGAUGAUAAUGUUGGACAAGAGAGGGAUGCCAUCUGGACUUCUUGGAGUAAUGCAAUGGAUGCCCUUCAAGUUGGUGACGUAGAUUCAGCCUUUGCAGAGGUACUGUCCACUGGUGAUGAUUUCUUGCUUGUAAAGAUAAUGGAUAGAACGGGCCCUGUAAUUGACCAACUUUCAAGUGAGGUUGCAUGUGAAAUUGUGCACGCCAUUGGACAAUUCUUGCUGGAGCAGAACCUGUACGACAUCUGUUUGUCUUGGAUUCAACAGUUGCUGGAGAUAGUAUUGGAAAAUGGCCCUGAUACCUUUGGCAUUGCUAUGGAAGUGAAGAAAGAGCUCCUGCUGAAUUUACAUGAAGCUUCAACAGAUACAGCUGAGGACUGGGAAGGUGUACCACCGGAUCAACUUUUAUUGCAGUUGGCAUCAGCCUGGGAAAUUGAUCUACAACAACAUGACAAGUAGCUCACAGAGAACAAACCAUGCUGGUAUUAAGAUUCUCAUAUUUUGGAUUUGAAUUGGGUCAUAUCCUAGAUUGUUCUAAUUUUCUACAUGGAUGGUGAUGAGUGUAAGAUUUGAAAUACAUAUGCUGUUCAAAUGUUGGACCUCCACGUAACAAUUACAAUGGCACAAAUUAAUGCUCCAUUUUUUCCUGUAUCUUGGUGAACUUUGGAUGAUCCUAUACCGGUCAGAGCAAUGUUUGACCAUUUAAAGGUAGUGUCUGGUUGUCAGCAAGUGCCCAACUAGUCUGCUUUAAAACAAUGUAAAUUGAGACCAAUGAACAAUUGUUCCGUGUAAUUAUGUGUAAUUUGUUCAUUUGCUACAUUCAUUUGUAUCAUUUUCUCUUGUUUUUGUUUUAAACGUAAAAGAUGAUUAUGCCU